AUGGAUAUAUCCUCCCAGGUCACAGAGUGGAGAGCUAGGAGCAUGCCCUGUGCUGUGCGGCUUUACCCCACGAGCCAGGCCUACAACGUCACGGGCGUCAGUCAAUGGCGCAAGUGGAAAGUGGAGGGCGGGUCACACACAGCGAGAGAGCCCCCUCCUUCCCUCGGCGAAAUGGUAGUUCCACAGGCGAAAACUCUUGGCACGCACAAAAUCUACUUUGAUCCAUCACCACCGUUCGAAGCCGACGGCGACAAACAGCUCAAUACCCACGCCUAUCUCACCGGUACGCCGCCCAACCCGCGCCCGCACGCUUCCCCGGGCAUCUUUGCCUGCAACACUCGAUUUUCCCCGUCCGAAUCCGUCUCAGCUGACGAGCAUUGCUGCAGUUUCGAUCGAGUCUCCCCCGAUCCCCCGCAUCGAAAUUCGCCCAUCAUGUCCGACGUCCAAGAGCGCCUCAAGAAGCUUGGCCUGGGUGCCCGAACUGGGUAUGUUUUUGCGCACUUCGACGGCACUCCCCGAAGAAAGGUCAAGCGUGCGCCCGCCCGCUCCGGCGCCGACGACAGGAAGCUUCAGCAGACCCUCAAGAAGCUGAACACUCAGCCCAUCCAGGCCAUUGAGGAGGUCAACAUGUUCAAGUCUGACGGCAACGUCAUUCACUUUGCUGCCCCCAAGGUCCACGCUGCCGUCACCUCCAACACCUUCGCCAUCUACGGCAACGGUGAGGACAAGGAGCUGACCGAGCUCGUCCCCGGCAUCCUUAACCAGCUCGGCCCCGACUCGCUCGCCUCCCUCCGCAAGCUCGCCGAGAGCUACCAGAACAUGCAGAAGGAGAAGGGUGAGGACGAGGACGACAUCCCCGACCUCGUCGAGGGUGAGAACUUCGAGAGCAAGGUCGAGUAA